AUGCCAUAUUUCUGUUAUUAUUUUUUACUAAGUAAUUGUUUUUUUUGUAGUGGAAUUUACAAAGGAGUAUACAUUAUCUGCGAAAUGGCUUUAAAUCAGUUGCUUGGAGUAGUUGGUCGUGUUACUAUUAGAGGUAUUUGUCAAAUUGCGCCAAAAUGUGCAGCAUCAACAAUAAGCAUGCGUGAUUCAAUAAGAAUGGCAAUGGACGAAGAAAUGACACGUGAUGAAAAUGUUUUUUUACUUGGGGAAGAAGUAGGAUAUUACGAUGGAGCUUACAAGGUAUCAAAAGGAUUAAUGCGUAAAUUUGGCGAAUCUCGUGUUAUUGAUACUCCAAUCACUGAAGCAGGUUUCUGCGGUUUAGCAGUAGGUGCAGCAUUUGGUGGUCUCCGCCCAAUAUGUGAAUUUAUGACUUUUAACUUUGCAAUGCAAUCCAUCGAUCAGAUAAUAAACAGCGCAGCUAAAACUUAUUAUAUGUCAGCAGGGCAGGUACAUUGUCCAAUUGUUUUCCGUGGACCUAAUGGAGCGGCUGCCGGUGUUGCUGCGCAACACAGUCAAGAUUACUCUGUUUGGUAUGCACAUGUUCCUGGACUAAAGGUUGUGACACCAUACUCCUCUGAAGAUGCCAAAGGCUUGCUGAAAUCAGCUAUUCGUGAUGAUAAUCCCGUUGUGGUUUUGGAAAACGAACUAUUAUAUAAUGAGAUUUUUCCAAUGUCGGAUGAGGCUUUGAAAGAUGAUUUCUUAGUGCCUAUCGGAAAGGCGAAAAUUGAGCGGGAAGGUAAGGAUAUAACACUUGUCUCAUAUUCGCUUGGUAUGGUUCCAACGAUGAAAGCUGCAGAAGAACUCGCAAAAGAAGGCAUCAGUGCCGAGGUGAUUAAUCUACGUUCUCUUCGUCCGUUCGAUUUUGAAACGAUUAAAAAUUCAGUAAUUAAAACUCACCACAUUGUGACCGUCGAUAACGGCUGGCCGUUUUGCUGUGUUGGUUCCGAAAUAUGUAUGCAGUUGAACGAAUCGGAUGCUUAUGAUGCACUGGAUGGUCCAGUAUAUCGAGUCACUGGUACUGAUGUUCCAAUGCCAUUUACAGAAAAGCUUGAAUCAGCUGCACAGCCCCAACUUGCUGAUGUAGUAAAAAUGGCGAAGAGAUCAUUGAAAAAAUGA